AGAAGAGGAGCGGAGAGGGGCGGCCCGGCCGGCAGAGCGGCGGGGAGCGGAGCGGGCGGUGUCGCCAUGGUGCUGGUGGUGGUGAUGGGCGUCAGCGGCUCGGGGAAGUAGGACCACCGUUGGGUCGCGGCUGGCGGCGAAGCUGGGGUGGAAAUUCUACGAUGCAGACGAUUAUCAUUCUCCAGAGAAUAAAAAGAAGAUGGCAGAAGGGAUACCACUAAAUGAUGAGGACAGGAUUCCUUGGCUUUGUGCAUUGCAUGAUGUACUAAGGAGAGAAGACUCAUCUAGACAAGAUGCAAUUCUGGCUUGCUCUGCACUGAAGAAGAUGUAUAGGCGUGUAUUAGUUAGCGGAGCAUCUGGAAUUGAAAGCAACCAGCCAGAGCAACCAGGAGAAAACGCAGCACUGAAGAUCCUCUUUGUUCAUUUGGACGGGCCUGUAGACAUCAUUGCUGGCCGCUUGGAGAAGAGGAGGGGACACUUUAUGCCACCCGAACUUCUCAAGUCUCAGUUAGAUACUCUGGAGCCUCCUAGUGCACCAGAAAACUUUAUUACUGUCAGUCUAGAAAAAUCUCUCCCUGAAAUAGUGUUGGAGAUUGAGAAUGCCAUUUUUCAGGGUGAGGCUCUUCUGGACUAACUUUCUGAAUCAGGGAUACAGAAAUUCCCAUAAGGGUAUGAAACAGCAUUUUAAUUAUUAAAUUGAUUGUUAUUGAUAGAUUAAAUUGAUUAAAUCAGACUUAUUUUUCCUGAUAACUGUAUUUUUUUACUGCAUUAAGAGCUGAUUUACUGCUCUGGAAAUUUUUAUCAUGGCUCUGUAAAAGACAUGUAAGAAAAAAGUUGACAGUUUUUGAAAAUUUUAAACCCUUCAACAUACAAAGUUAAACCUCCCGUUCUAGGAAGAGCCUGCUUUUGAAAAUCCUCCAAAGGGUCACACAGAGUAAUUUAAUUUCUUUGAUUUAAUUUUUACUGUCAAACAUGGAGAUUGGGCACAUCUGCUAUUAAGUGAUGAAAUAAGUUAUACCUUUGUUAGAAGCAACAAAUUUUUUUUAUUUUUUUUUUUAGAAGUGCAUGAUGAAGUUCUGUAGCUACCCUUGCCUCACUGCCAGAUUUUCAAGAAGUUGCAGCUUCUUUGUCUGUGUGCUUGCUAACCUCACUGGUGACAUCUUGAGAGCUACUAUGAACUCUUACUGUACGCGCUGAGCACAAAGCUGAAAAAUAUAAGAAAAAAAGAGUAGUGGUGGUGAGGCAAUACACAAAAUGUAAUUGUAUGGAAAGCUUUAGAAAUAGAGCCAAUGCGAUGCCACAUACACUUUGACCUUGCAUCUUUCACAGACAAAGCAUAGCCAUUGAUAGAGCACGGUGGAGACCAAGGCAACCAAGAUGAAUAGAUGUUUCCUUCUUUUCAGAAAAACUAACUCACUCUUUCACAGUUGGACCUUCUCCUUCGCUUCCCUCUUCUGGUGUGCUACAGUCUCCCACCUCAGCCGAUGGCCCAGGCCAAUAAUGCUUAUGGAUACGUGUCCAUACAACUGCUUUAAAGCUUAAGAUCAGAGGGAUGGAGCACCUCUCCUAUGAAGACAGGCUGAGGGAGCUGGGAUUGUUCAGCCUGGAGAAGAGAAGGCUCCGGGGAGACCUGAUAGCGGCCU